AUGGCCAUCGGCGUUUGCUUCUGCGAAAAGAUUCGGAUUAGAUCUACCGGAGAGCCGGUUGCAACGGGCCUCUGCCACUGCACCGACUGCCGCAAACUCACAGGAACACUCUAUACAUACAGCCUCAUAUUUAAAAGCGCUGAAAUCAAGACCAGUGGGAAUCCGGAAAAGAUCACAAAACCAGCAGAGAGUGGCAAUAUUAUCGAGAAUUAUUUCUGUUCAAAUUGCGGAACACCUCUUUACGCAUACAAGUUCCCGUCUGGCGAGUGGGAUAGUCUAGUGAUUACCCGAGUAGGGAUAUUUGAUGAUCUGGAUCUUUUAGAGAGGAAGCCUGCAGUAGAGUUGUACGUCAGAAGCCGAGCUGGGGAUGUCCUUCGUAGUAGUGGGCUCGUAAUCAAGAUCGCUGAGUUCGAUGGCCUGAUUCGAUGGCCAGAAAAAAAAAUAAAAACAAAAAAAUAA